UAUUCUCAAAAUCUUGUAAUCUUUAAAACAUUUCUAUUAUAUUUUGCAUAUUUGCAUAUUACAUACAAACAAUAGAUAAUAAAAUCCAAAUUACCGAAGAUAAUCUAAGGUUUGGUUAUGUCAUCCUGGCCGGCUGCCACGAUAUAUAAUACUUAGUAAUGAUUAAUGGAGAUUCGGUUUAAGAGCGACUUAAGGUCUAAUUUUGAUAUAUAGUCUAUCUAAGACGAGUUCUUGAUAACGCUGGACAGCAGCACAGACAUAUACUAACAACCAUCCUGUAGUCCUUCCGAGACCAUGUGAGUAAAGAGCAUGCGUGUUCUUAUUCUUCACUCUGAUCCGUCUGGAGCCCUUUCGAAAAUUUCAUUAUGUAUCACAUAAUGUAAAUAUUCAUAUGAAACCGAGCACUAUUACAUCCAUGAAAACCUACAAAAAACUGUAUGAAGAAAAAUAAAUUUUUAACAUUUUGAAUGCAGGACGAAUGGUUUUUAUACACUGAGCUAUCAUACUGCUGUAAUAAUUAAUCAGCGUGUCCAGCUGAGUCGAUUUUGACAUCAUGUCCGUCUGUGUCUGGCCGUCUGUGUAUACGCAAACUUAUCCCUCAGUUUUUGAAAUAUCGACCUAAAAUUUUGCACACGUCCUUUCCCCACCAAUUUGUCAUAGAAAUUGACCGAUCCAACUUAAGUCCUUGUAUGGAAAUCUUUUUAUUUAAUAAGAUAUCUUCACGAAAUUUGGCAUAGAUUACUAUCCAAGGUAUCGCUACAAUCUCCAAAUAUAUUGCUCAGAUCGGACCACUAUAGUAUAGAACUGCCAUACAAAUCAAAAUCAAUAUAAAGAUCUUUUUAUAACCUUUUAUGUUAUGUUAUAAAAAUUCUCCUGUGGUAUAGCUUAAUGGUGAACAUAAUAAUCAUAUAAUUUAAUGCUUCGAGGCAGAAAGGAACAACUAAUUUCACUUUUAAGAUCGAAGUUUCGUUUGUGGUAGUAAAUGUAAAGUACAACUUCUAAAAACAAGAGGCUAACCAGCUGAGCAAUAAAGUUUGAAUGUCUGUCUAUUGGCAUCAUCGUUUGCCUGCUUUAUUAUGACGCCUCUAACAUUGCCAAUCAAUUUUAUUGCCGUUUUAUGAGGCAGACGAACGGACGAGUGAGUAGUCCAAACCAUUGGCCGACAAACGUCAGGCAACCGUGGCGGAUGACCAACAAAUUUACAAAUCGUGUUUACAUUCACACACACAAUCAAAUAUUCAGAUGUGUGAACAUGUGUAGUCUAUGGCGCCCAGCUGAUGUGAACCAGCGUUGUUGCUUUUUACAUCACUUUUGUUGUUGCUGAUUCAUUCAUUGCCCGUUUUACUGCUACUGCUGAUACCUCUCGCUUUAUUGUUGUUGCCGUAAUUUUCAUUUUAUUGUUUCCAUUUGCACAUAAAAAUUCGUAAGUUACUUAGCUCGGUCGGUCCACACUCUGCCGCAGCGAUGGCCGAUUGGUGGGCUGCUGUGCCUUUGUACUGCGGCCGAUUCUGCUGCCGUUUAUUGUGGUCAGCAACUUGUUGCGCCGAGUAUGAGUAGUUCUUGAUUUCUUAUUUGCGCGUUCUCCCAUCGCUGCCCUGUUGUCGCUGUUCGCGUUGUUCUUUUUGCCGCAGUCGUUGUGCAUUAACAGUUGUCACGACCGGUUAGUCGCUUGACAGCGCACAUUUUAUGGCUCAAGUAUGCGCGACAAAAGCGUACAAACAACCGUCAUCGCAUGCAAAUUUUUCCACAUCACGACAAUUGCAAUAACAACAUAUGUUUAAAAAUAGCAACAGCAUUUAAUUGUUGGCUAACAGACUGUGUGGCGGUCGGCUGUUUGAAGACAGUGGAAAUUGUGAGGAAAAAGACUCAGUCUGUGCACCUGAGCUCUUGAAUGCACACAUGUAAAUAUCUAAACUCGCUCGUAUGAGUACUUACAUAUGUAUAUGUACGUGUCCUCUAGGGAAGAUCGUUGUUUAUAAGAAGCGCUUGAAAUUUCGAAAAAGCAAAAAAUCUUUGUUAAAUUUUCUUUGUAGAAUUUUCAGCUGAAGGCUGUCGGAAGAGACGUUAAAGUCGGGAUAUACUCGUUAUGAGCACAUCAACAGAAGGUAACUAAUCAUUAAACAUAAACAGCGAUGAAUGGCAAUGUUUGUCGCCAUUUGCGUCGGAGACCCUACAAACUAAAUAUUAUAUAUAAAUGAUCAGAGUGACGAGCUGAACGAUCAAUACAAAACUUUUUAGAAGUCGUUUAAAAGAUGUGCUAUUCCUACUAAAAGGUUUCUCUUUAAAAUGGAAUUUGAUAUUACGCGGUUAAAUGAACCAGCCUAGAAAAAUUACGAAUGACUUUUCUGGAAUCUUAUAUAUCGUUGACUAUUUCUUGUUUCAAAAAUCCUUUGGAUGUAAAUAACGCUGAAUUAUAAGAGAGAAAGAGAGAUCAAGAGAGAGAGAGAGAGAUAAACAGAGAUAGAGAGAGAAAGAGAGAUCAAGAGAGAGAGAGAGAGUUAAUAAAGCAUUUAAGACUUGACAUAUACAAGAGUACUCCGAAAAUCACUCACCUCACUAUGUUUAAUAAAUUACCAUUCUAAUACUUGGCAUUGUUUAUAUCGCUAAAACGUGGAUGGUGUUAGGUUUUUUUUUUAAUACAUCUUUAAUUCCAAUAUACAAUAUACAAUACAGAUAACUUACGAUUAUAACUCCCAUAUAACGGCAAACAAACGAAAGAAAUUGAACAUUAUUUAAGUGUUUAACAGUUCUCUUUUCGCUGUCAGCGCAAUGCUAAUCACAAACAUACUAGACUUGAAAUUUGACUCAAUAUGGAUGGCUAUACUUUCACUAUAACAUUGUGACAGUCUUGAAUCCUCGGAGGUUGUAUCUAGAAAUUGUACUUAUUAAGCACUAUGGCUAUCGGUGAAUCAAUGGCUAUUACGAAUAUACAUAUGUACAUGUACAAUUCACCUUAUUGCACCAUUCAUUGGACAUAUAUCAUUUUUUCUACGAACACGGCCUGAUGUUCGCCCGUACUUCGCACCGAUUGUCACACUUAGGCAAAAACAUAUUAUACUACAUACUCGUAUAUCACUGCUGGAAAUGUUUGCUAUAGGGAAUAUAAGCGACAUUCCAGAUAUUGGGUCUUCAUUAUCUUAUUCGUAUACGAAUAGGUAAUACAAUAUAUGUACAUACAAGUAUGUACCAUGCUGGGGUUUAAUAGAUUUGCGUUGGUGAACCUAAAUUGCCAUUUCAGUUGUAGAGGAUACCUCCCACAUACACAUCACCCACCCAUCUACAUCUACAUACACAUAUAAUAUUGAAUGUAUUAUAAAUUGGUAUACACACAGCUUGCAUCAGAUUGGAGGCUCAAUAAACAAGCUUUAUUGUCAAACCUGUGCAUGCGCCUCAUCGCCGAUUUCACUUUUAUCACGGUUGAAACAAAUAAAUAAAUACAGAGAUAUGAAUACGUGUACAUAUAUAUUUGUAAGUAUAAAUCUCUUUCAGCACAUCUGCGCAUGCGUGCGUGUACUAUAUUCUGUAGCGUUGCGCAUUAAUGCGAAAGUGUCAUCAUCACAAUCAGUGUUACAAAUCUCAACUGAUUUGGGUGCAGCAAAACUGUCAAUGUGUGCCAAUCUGACUGCACUCAGUUGUUGUUGUUGAUAUUUAUAUAGCAAUUUUAGGUUUAGCACUGUAAACGCCUACUGCAAUUUAUUGUGAUGAAUAUCUUGCGGUGUACAGAGAGUGUCAGUAGUCAUGAUGAAAUAGUUUUUUGAUAUAAGAUGUCUACACUGUAAUUUCUAAGAUUUUUUACAGAAUCUAUCGAGAUGGGGCCGUUGUAAGAUUUAUUUGUAUUGUAAUAUUUUAAAUAAAACUGAAACCGGCUAUGGAUUUACUAUUUUACGGAAAUUUAUGCAGACGAUAUCAGACGAUGAUAACAUAUAACUGCCAUACAAACUGAACGAAUAAUAUCCUUGUAUGGAAAACUCUUUUAUUUCACGAGAUAUCUUCAUCAUAUUCACCAUGAAUAUUUGCAGAAAGUAACGCAACAAUCCCCAAAUAAUUUUUUUGGACUAAUAUAGCAUAUAGAUUCCAUACGAACUGAACGAUCAAAAUCAAGCUCUUGUAUAGAAAUUUUUUAUUAGCGAAGGAUAUUCUAGCUUCAGUGUAACCGAAGUUAACGUUUUUUCUUGUUUUAAUUAAAAUUAUGCAAAUACUGCUAAUAGAGAGCUGGAAAAUUCAUACCUUUAUAUGAUUUCCUGUGAGAAAAUAUGAAAAUAGCUGUAUUCAGAAAAUUAACAGUUCUCAGCUUUGCAAUGCUAAACACAAAUGUACUGAUCUUGAAAUUUGCCCUCAAUUUGGAUGGCUAUACUUUCAUUGGCAGUGUUGAAUCUUCGGGAGUGUUACUAAUAUCGAAAUGCUACUUAUUAACUCUAUAGCGAUCGGCGAAUCGAUACCGCAUACUUACACUUGUGUUGUUCAAUUCGUGGAGCUGCUUGCAAUUCUUCGUACAUGGCCCGCUGUUCGCUCGCCGCCGCACUUACUAAUAGCAGGUUAAGCGUAAUGCAAUCGAUUAUUAUCUGCAUGCACUUUCGAAGUACGCUUUCAGGUGUUUUUUCAUGCUUGUUCCUGUGCGUUGGCUUUUGUGCGCCUCUGCAUCCAAUUUCCGAUAUUUGUUCCCUUCGUUCGUUGCACAGCUCCCCCGUGGGUUUUUCAGCGAAAAGAUUAUUUUUCGAGUUCAAAAUCUUUCAUUAUUUGCUCAAAUAAGAGCAUGUGUGCGCCGGUGAUAUGGAGAAACCUGUUUCGAAACGUUGCACAGCGGCAAGCCAAGCAGGUAGAAUUCAUUAUUAUGCGAAGCAAUGAUCGUCGCGCUGAUCGUCAGUGAUUUUACGUCCACGCGCUGAAUGCGGAGAAAGAAGAUGCUUCAACAAUUCCAUUUCGUUAGCAGUUUGGUUGAAACACACACGAUUGCGCACAUACAUGUGUAUGUAUAUUUGUGUUUCGAACAAAGAGCGAUGGCAUAACGAAGGAUGCUGAAAAGGAAGGGACUAAAAGUGUCGAUGAAAAUCGUACAUAAAUCAGCGACUUUACACAUUUUUCCCCCGAAGCCAUCAAUGCUCGGCCUAAGGCGGGUAGGGUCGGAGUAACUGAGCAAACUCGAACAGGUAGAUUUUCCGUUAGGUCGUCUCUGUUGUCUUUACGGGAUUUUUUGUUUUGUACAAUCAUAAGCAUCGGCGCAAAGAGGGCGAGGAUUUCUUGGAGAUUAUCAAAACUGAAAAGAUGAACCCACCACUAUUUCUAAGCCGAAGGUUACCCCUGCAUGUAUAUGUGUGUGUGUGCGCUUUACACUCAGUUCCCAUCGAAAGGCAGUAGAGAGCAUUAUUACUAUAUACAUUCUUAUGUAGUUGCCGUAGAAGAAAGGAUCCUUCGCUCGUAUAAAAUACCGAUGUACCAACUUUGCACAACAACAAUACAUGUCAGAUUAUAGCAUUCGCAACAGCAACAAUAGCCGCAACCAUGUGCAUGUUAAUAAUAUGGCAACGAGAACAAAAGGUUUACUCAGCACCGGAGCUGCGUUGGCUUGGCUGGUGCGGCAACUUUGUAUGUGUUUCUUGGAAAUAGGGUACAAGCAAUGACGAAGACAGUCUGGCCUAUACGGCAAACGCAGUUUCUGCUGCUGCUGCUCCGCCAAUACACCUUAGCUGGUACAUGUACAUAUGUAUGUAUGCAUGUGUAAAUUUAUUUAGGAAACACAGCAAUAGUGCUUAGUAGACCACCUUUGCCGACUCAUACUAACACACACACACAUGCUUCUUUUUUCGUGCCGAUCAGACUGCGGCAGUGCCGUGCAUUGAGUCGCUGACGGGAGUGUCUAAGGUUGAGGUACCUGCUGUAUAAUUGCUAACGGGGCGCAUCAACUCUGUUCGUAAGUCCAUCUAUUUUCUAGCAUUGCACUAAAUUGCUUUCCAAUUGGAAUACGAUUAUUAUUGGGUUUUUAGUAUCUGAUUUAAAUACUCGCUCACAAAUUUACAUAAAAUUGUAGAUAUUUUCUAAAGUAUUUUAUUUCUUAAAACUAUCCAAGAGAUAUGUUUCUGUUGUCAUGUAAAAAAUUGUCAGAAGAACUAAUUAGGUCAGGAUCAAAUCUAAACUGAACGUUUCUCUUCAAGAAGUUUACAAAGAUAAAAUUUUUCGAUUAAACAAGAACUUUCAGACCACAUUUAAAUUAAAUUUUUAAGAAAAAGUUAAUUUUUUAAUAUUAGUUUUUUGGCUGAGCAACUAUAUAUUUCCUCAAAAAAUCGAGUAAUUUUAUACAACAAGAAAUUCGAUUACAAUUUUUAAGAUAUAUUAAUAUAUUAUAUAACUUAAUCCCUCAAACAAGGUUUAGGUUUAGUUGAAAGGAGAUUUCAAAACUUCUCCGUCAUUGCUUUUGUUGUCAUAUUUAGAAGAACAAACAAUUUUUCUUAUAAUUUGUAGUCCUACAUCGUACUUUAGUACAUCUAUAUAUUUGUAUUUAUUCAUACACAAUACAUAUGUGUAUGUGUCAUAUUGGUAAAAAAUCAAUCAAAAGUAAUCAACCAGAUCCCCUCGGAGCAGGUCCUAUUAUUAGAGUAACAUUAAACAGUUAUAAAUAAGACGGUUCUACUUUAAUAAUGAGUUCAGCCGAGGAAAAAUUAAGUGUGGACACGUUAUUACUUGCUUCAAUGGAGUGGAUUUGACGUCAUUAUUUCUUCUAAUGGAAUCACCUACAUAUAUUUAAACUGCCAGUAAUAACUCUGUUUGAAGAAACAAUACUUAGUGUUAAAUUUUGCUGUUUUAUAAUCUUGCCCUAGUUAUUGAUAUAUUUAUAUACAAUCAAUAAGUAAAUCAAUCGGAAGAGCUUUUCGUUUCGAAAAAUUGUUUUUAUUUUUUGAAAUUAUUCUACUUUUAUAUAAUACAUGACAAAAUCAAUAAAGAAUAAUUUGCUUGUUGGCUUAUUAAAGCAGCAAUAUCCCAAUUAUCAUUACACUUCGGGGUAGAGUUUUUAUUCUGUUGUUUUAGCUGUUGUUACUAGAAGUGUGUCCAAAACAGUAAGAAUUAUUUUCUUAUCGUGAAAAUACAUUCCGUCUCAAUACUCCAACAGUUUCAAAACUUGAGUUGAACAGUCGAUAGACGAUAUUUUUGCACCCUACACCCUGUAUUCCACCUUCGAUGAUGACAUCUUAUCUUCAAGGUAUGGUGCUAACUUGUUCAACUCAUCCGUUUCGCUUGCGUCAACAAAUCGUGGAAGAAGUAGUUGAAAGCUUGGGAGUUCUGAUUCAUUUUCAAGAAACCUUUCUGUCAAAUUCUGUACUAAAGCGUCGAUGCAUGGAAUAAAUAUUGCGGCUCUGAAUUUUCAAGAAACCUUUCUGUCAAAUUCUGUACUAAAGCAUCGAUGCAUGGAAUAAAUAUUGCGGCUCUGAAGUAAGCUUCGCUUGAUGAAGUUUACGGAUUAUCACAUUUGCUGAAGUGAGAAUAGCGGGUAAUAUCACAGACAGAGUCGAUGCUGUUGAUGAUAUAGGCCACGUCUUCUCACGAUGUGAUAGAUUUUUGGCCUUGCUGUAUAUGCCAUAGUGUUCUGAUCCGAACAAUUACUGCGGAGAUUGUAUCGUUGCUUUGGACAAUAAACCAUGCCAAAUUCCUAAAGAUACCUUGUCAAAAGAAAAAAAAACGAUUUUCCAUACGGGGACUUGAGUUUGAGAAAAAUACUAUUUUUGUAGAUCUGUAAAUUUUUUACAAAACUAUUAGAAAAUAUUUUAAGUGACAUUUUGGUAGAGCAUUCCAUUUCCUAUAAAAUAUAAAAAAAAGAUAUGUUUUAAGUAGUUGGAAGGGAGAAACUGCAAAAAAAUAGAAAACUGUAAGGCGGAGGACCUUCUCGUUUCAAUUAAUGGUUCAUACUUGGAGAGACUUUCUUAGCGGUGUCUAAAAACCUAUUUUUCAGAGUUCCAAACGAAAAAAUAUUUUCGUUUUCUUUACCCACUCUACCGUACAGGGAGUAAUACGGUCCUAAGCAUUGGAAAGCUGUAGCUUCAAAUUAAUCUUUAGAUAUUAUAGCCUUAAUGAAAAGAAGAUGCGAUAGUCUUUAAUAUUUUACUAACAUACAAGUAUAUCAUUAAAUAAAAUAAAGUAACCAAGUGUUUUACUUUCAUUGUGCUUAGAAGCCCCCGACACCCCUUUUGUUAUUGUUCCAAAUGUAAGAAGAUCGACAUACUAGACGUGACGUAAGAUGUUAAGAAAUCUAAAUUUGAUACAUACACAUACAUAUGUAUCUGUAUGUAAGUACAGAAACAAACAUACACACACAGUUAUUUAGGAGUGUACAUGCAUAAAAUAAAUGAAUAUUCUAAAGACGUAGUAUUUCAGGAAAAAAUAACAGAGAAUAAAGUCUCAAAUUUCUUAUCUGGUUUUGUUUUGAGCUGUAAGCGCACCAAAGGAAAGCAGCCCAGUAGACAAUUCGCACUGACUACGAAAUUCAAAGUCAAAGGCAAUACCAAGCGUCAACAAUAUUUGUCCGUUCUUUAUCUGAAGAUUUGCGAGCGUAUGUAUCUGACAGCGACACUCGCAUGUGUGCGUGAGAAAAUUCAGCCAUCUUGCUUUGUUUUCAAACACCGUGCUCAGUGCCAGCGAGCGGCUUUGCAUUGAUUCUUAGCGCUGAAAAGAGUGGCAUUGCUCACGAGAGCAAUGUGGUAGACUGUGCUCACUCUCAGGUAACAUAUGCUUGUGUAUGAAAGUCAACAUUUCAAAGCAAGGGAACAUUUCAUUUAAAAACUAAAACACACAGAGCUGGCGAGUUUAGUCUGUGAAACAUUGCCAAACGUAACGUUUUAAAGUUAAAAUUGUCGGUGGAGUGUUAAGUCAAUAACAGAUAUAAUAAAUUACCGCUGAAAUAUAUACAUAUGCACCAAGCCACUUUCAAGCUGAAUGAGCACGUGUACAGUGAUUAAUAUUAAAAAAUUGUACUAGAUAAACUAAAGAAAUAGUCGCGUCCCGUACUGAAAAUCAAGGAGAAUCAGUCAGAGAAAGAUGAAAGCAAUCUCGAAAGUGUUUUCUAAAUUUUAAUUGUGAACUGAUACGGUUAUUUCAUUAUCAUAGUGGCAAUCAAUUCUGUUUAUAGAAGAACCAUAGUGAGAGUGUAAGAAAAUAUUACGAUUGAAAGUAAAGAAACACCGUCAAGCGUACGGAGUGUCGUGUAGAGUAGUGACCGAAACGUAUCAAAUCGUCUUUAUGCACAAAGCGUCGCGUCAAGUAUACAAGCAAUAAUAAGAGACUACAGAAAUAAUAACACCGAGCAGCUUAAAUUGCCCUCUUUGCGCAAGUUUAAUCGAAUUAAGUCACAUCACGGUCCGUAACGCAACGCGCCGCGACGUCCAACUGCGUUACUAAACACAAAAUGUGCCCCAACUGAUAGCCUCGAGAAGACAACCAACAACCAAGCUAUCUUGGUUGUUCGCCACAUAAGCUCUGAAAUAUUAUAUCUGGAUUAAGUUGACCUUCAGCGCCAAUUGUAGCGGCAGAGCGAAUAUCAUAAAGCGCACACAGUUCAGCACACGUGCUGUUUAUUUCCCUGCAUUCGUUUCAAUUAAUUCCGACACAGCGCUUCCAACGUUACAUACAAUGGCUACAAACACUGAAAUACUACCCUUUCAUCAUCACACCACCAUUUCUCUACAAACUGCCGCUGCAUUGACCAGCUAUCACGGUGGCGGCAGUGGUGGCGGCGGUGGCAAUGGUAGUGGCGGUGGAGCAGCUGGUUCUGUACUGCCAAAUGCUACACAACUGGCCGCGGCCGCUUGGAACAUGGAGGACUGCCUCUACCAACAGACUGAACUUCCCGCCCUCACACAGCGCGCACACCAUCUGCUGCGCUUCACGCCCUAUGCGCUGCAUCAUCGACCCCAACUGCAGUCUUUACCACCCGCGUUGUACCUCCAGCAUGCCGCGGCUGCUGCCGCCGCUGCGGCCGCACAUGCGCAGCAUCAUCACCAUCAUCAUCAUCUGCAGCAUAGGCCGGCGUCGCCGGAGAGUCCAACGCCUAUCGAGGGUACACACAUCAGCAAUCUCUUCCCCGAAAUACUCGAAAUGAUCUUCCAGAAGUUGCCAGUACGGGAUUUGGGUCGCGCGGCUCAGGUGUGUGUUGCUUGGCGUGAUGCAGCGUACGCAAAGAGCGUGUGGAAGGGUGUUGAAGCAAAGUUGCAUCUCAAGCGUUCCAGUCCUAGUCUCUUCAAUUCACUGGUGCGUCGCGGCAUAAAAAAGGUGCAAAUACUCUCAUUACGCCGUUCGUUAAAGGAUCUUGUUCUCGGCGUGCCAUCACUAGUCUCGCUAAAUUUGAGCGGUUGCUUCAACGUGGCCGAUGUGAAUUUGGGUCAUGCUUUUUCUGUGGAUUUGCCGAAUCUGAAAGAGCUGGAUCUUUCGCUAUGCAAACAAAUAACCGAUACGAGUCUCGGACGUAUUGCACAACAUCUUAAGAACUUGGAGACACUUGAGCUUGGCGGUUGCUGCAACAUUACUAACACCGGUUUGUUACUCAUUGCGUGGGGUCUUAAAAAACUGAAGCAUUUAAAUUUACGUUCCUGUUGGCACAUCAGCGAUCAGGGUAUUGGUCACUUGGCUGGCUUGAGUAAGGAAACAGCCGAAGGUAAUAUGGAGUUGGAAUAUCUUGGUUUACAAGACUGCCAACGACUCAGCGAUGAAGCGCUCGGUCAUAUAGCACAAGGUCUAACGUCACUAAAGUCAAUAAACCUGAGCUUCUGCGUCUCCGUCACGGACAGCGGCCUCAAGCAUUUGGCGCGUAUGCCCAAACUCGAGCAACUCAAUUUACGUUCCUGCGACAACAUCUCCGACAUCGGCAUGGCGUACCUCACCGAAGGCGGCAGCGGCAUUACCUCACUCGAUGUCAGCUUCUGCGACAAGAUAAGCGAUCAAGCGCUCUCACACAUCGCACAGGGUCUCUAUCGUUUGCGUUCGCUCAGUCUAAAUCAGUGCCAAAUAACCGACCAAGGUAUGUUGAAGAUCUCAAAAUCGCUGCAGGAACUGGAAAACCUUAACAUUGGUCAAUGCAGUCGAAUAACGGACAAGGGUUUGGAGACGCUGGCGCAAGAUCUGGUCAAUCUAAAGACGAUCGAUUUGUACGGCUGCACGCAAUUAUCUUCAAAGGGUAUCGACGUGUUCAUGAAAUUGCCGAAAUUGAUAAAACUGAAUCUCGGCCUAUGGCUCGUAAGAUGAUGCGUUUUACGCAGCAAAAAUCAACAAUACACCAAAUAUUGUACGGCGCGACAAUGCAACAAGGUUUGUAUAAGGAAUCUGGUAUGGCAAAGCAAAUUCAGAGUUCAAGGUCUUAUGAGCAACAUGGGUCGGGCAGUCAAAGGGUUAAAAAGGAAGAGGGAAGCAAGCAAGCAAUUUAAACAAAUUUUCUAACAGAAACACACUUUAAUUUCGGAUGAUUAAGGUGAUCCAACAGCGAAAUCAGCUCAAUUGACUGCGUCUAAAUUUUGAUCUUGCCUUGCGCCGAAUUGCUUUUUGUAUAUACCAUCGUGCCGCUGAGACCAUGAGUCCGGGAAUAAUGCAACAAAGCGGCAAGCCCAUAAUUAUGCAAAACACACAUAUGUGUCUGUUUGUCUGCCUGUUUGUAUGUGUGUGUGUGCAGACGAAUGCAAACUCGUGCGGCUAGAAAUGUGUAGCGCAAGCAUGCAAACUCGCCAGUUCGCUACUGAAUAAAUGCGCGCAAGAGGCUUAGAGGUAGAGAUGGGAAUAACUGCACCGCAAAGGCGGAGAGGCGGCUUUAAGAAGGGUGCACAGUGUUGGAAAGAAUGAAAAUACCGACAAAAUAAAACGAAUAAAAUUAGUAAAAAAACAUGUUCGAAAUAAUGAGAGUGGUACAAUACAACAAAGCUAGCGCAGACCGAGCGACAACAACAGCGCAUGCAUGACUUUCGUUUCUCAUAAACACGGCGUGUACUAAAUUUAAAGCAGCAAUGAAGAACCCAAUAAAAACGCGAAUAGGAGAAGCAUUGAACAAAGUGAAACGAAAUACCAACGACCAAAACAAGGCUGCGACAGCAAAAACGGCAGCAACAGCAACGAUUAACUUGGACGCGAAGUCAGGCACGCAACGCAGCACAGUCCACUAGACAGACAGCACACAGCAGACCAUGCGGACAGACAAGAACACACAUGUAUGCAUAUAUGUGUUGUAAACCUUCAUGUAUAUACAUAUAUGCGCUGGAAUUAUGGCUACUGCAAAGGCUGUUCGCAUGGUUGCCUUGUUGGCUGACGAACGGUGGACCGGAAGGCUCGGUUGCCAGUACCCCAGCUAGCGCGACUUGACUUGGCUGGGCUCGACUGGCUGAAUGCAUGGACGUAUGGAAAAUCACUUGCAUUGGUUUGCGAUGGCGGCUGACCGCUUUGUUUGCGCUUACUUUGCAUACAACAAACACACAUGCGAAUGUCUGUGUAUUUGCGAUGCGUGUAGACAGUAAAUAUCUCGACGGAAAUUCGGGUUGAUAUGGCCGGUAGCGAAAAGCUGGAGUAUGGUGGGAAUAGAACACUCGCAUAAAGGCAAAUGUAACGGUCAUCAAGCAGUAUUCGAAUGACUUGACCUUAAAACACAACUUUUUGAAAAUAUUAAUAUACUACAAACCACUAACAACAACCACCAAUUCCACUAGACACAACAAAAGCCAAAUCUAAGCAUUCAAAGCAAAGUAAAAUUAGCAACAAACACAGGAAAUAUGUAGAUGCAAUUCUAGCAGUAACGCCAGCAGAGUCCGCGUUUACAACAUCAACAACAAAUCGAUGACAGUUUCCGCGAGGUAACAGGAAUGCCACCAACAACAAGGUAACAAUUAACAACGCGAAACCAUGGUAGCGGCAGCACAGUAACAAUAGCAGCUACAACAAAAGCAACACAACAGCUGGCGGUGCAAACAGUCAGUUCUAGCGGCGUAAGGUUCACUUUUUAGUUCACCUCUAGUGUAUCAAGUUAAGGCUGAGCUCAUUUUAAACAAAGUUAAGGCACAAUAACAACAAAAUUAUAAAAAAACACAACAAUAACAAAAGUAAAUGCACGAACGACCCUCACUUUUGUCUGUCUGUUGUACACAUACACACGCACACAAGCAAAAUGUAUGAACUAAUGCGAACAAACGCAUGAACACCUGUAAAGCUCUAACCAACACAUGCAUACAUACCACAAAAAUACUGAAAAAUAUACUCAAAAAAUCCACAUAGUAAUCCAAAACAAAAAAAAAAAAAUAACACACAUAAAAGCAAAAAAGCACACGCUGAAAGAGUGCAUAUAAAAACGAUAGAAAAUAUUAAAGUAAGAAUUGUUGGUAACAACAACAGUGUGGCGCGCCUUAGCUGCGCGCUUUGCUGUGCUCGUUCUGUACACUGUGUAACAAAGCAUGCAAAAUUAAAUGAAAUUAAACUAAAUUAAAGCAUUGGCCACAGUUGAGUUUAAGUUGGUUUUGAAUUUAUUUUCGCUUGCAAUAAUAUUGGCCUUAUUAAUUAGUUCGUGAAUUUAAAAAAUUGUAUGCAAAAAGCAAGCAAAAACAAGUUUUGAAUCCAUCAAGUUUGAACAUCAGCUUGAAUGUGGCAAUGUUUUUAUAGCCGGAAAAAAAUCCUGCUAAAAUUUUAAAUAAAUUUAAACGCAAACAAGAUUAAAUAUCACCAAAAAUGCAAAUUUCAUUAUUUAUGCCUUUUUGUUGAGUAGUGUAACUUGUACUUGUAUGCAAAUGCCGAAAAGUUGUGUGGAGAGACUGUCUUCGAAUGCUUCUGUGCUCAGAACACUUGCUUAAAGAACUUGAUGGGGUGACUGAUUUUGUUGUAACUGCAAAAAAUUUCUCGAAUCACAACACUUUAAGCGAGACAAAAUCAAAUAAAAGCUGAAAAAAUUAUAAAGUAUAAUAUGAAUCAAUAGCUAUUAAAAAUUAAAUAACUAAAAUAACUAAAAUUCUCUGCAAUCAAAUACCCUUAAAAUGCAAAGUAAAAAAAAUAUAAAGGUUUGCUUAAAAAAUAAAACAAAAUACACCAUUGGAGCUAGGGUCGCAAAUCACAAUUAUUUCCGAAAAUCUAAUCUGUACUGGUAGCAACUCUUAUAUAGUCCGAAAUUUUUAAUCAUUUGAAGCCAAAACUUUCUGUGAAUUUUUUAAAUUUUUUUAAAAAUUUAUUCGACUAAAAUUUGCCUUGAAUUCACCUACAUUUCUCGUGCUCUCAUUUGUGAAACGUCGUCUGUUGCUGUAAUACACGAGAUCACUGAUAAGUACAUGGUCAAAGUUGCAAAUUCACUUGCUGAUUAUUUGUUGCGAUAAUUAAAUUGUAUUACUAGAUUUUAGUUCUUGACCAUAAGGUUACGAGGAUCGCAGAUGUCAGUACCAAAUCAGACUGUCAAUGAACUGAAAUGUUCUCUUCUAAUUUCAAACAAUUUUGAAGGUUGGAAAGUCAUUCGCACUUAUGGAAAAAAAUAUUCAAUUUGUUCCUUAGUCGUUUAUGUUUCCAGCAGAUAUAAAAACAUUAAUUUUUACUACAACAAAGUCAGUCAAACUAACAAGAGCUAGUAAACAUCAUAAAAUACGUUUAUAAAAAGUGAAGAAAAAAUGUCGAAAUAAUUUCUGGUAUUGAUAUUAACUAGUUAGUCCCAAAAUUCAAAAAUAACUGAUUCUCAAUUGCUGAGGCGUGUAAAAAAUACAAGUAAAUGAGAAGAAAAUCAUGUAUUAAACUUUUUUCCGCGGUUUUUUGUUAAAUUUUCUUUAAUUUAGUUCAAAUAUUAAUACCAAAAUUGGAAACAAAUUCGAAAAACGAAAGAAAUUAGUGAGUACAUAUUUACUUAUGCUAUACAAGUAUGUAAUUCAAGAAGCAAAAAUAAGAGAACACGAAUUCUUUUCUAUUGUGAUAUAAAAAUUUAUAAAAAUAAACUUAAAGAGUUAGUUUUAUUAAUUAAGCUAUAGAUGUAUGUAGUAAAUCCAGAAAACUUUAAAAAACAAAACUAAGCACAGAAACUAUCUGAAAGUGAGAUAAACACUAUAAAAUUCUGAACCCUGCAGUUUAAAAAAAUUCUGUAAACUAAAAGCGAUUUUAAUUUUUGUUAAAUUUUUUUUUUUUAGUAAAAAGCAAUAAGAUUUGAGAACAGAAAAACAUUGACAAGACACACAUUGAUACAAUUAUUUUUAACUGCUUGGAGCUAAUAAUUUUGCUGUCUAACAACAUCAACAACGUAAAAUUAAGACAGAUCAUCAAGAAAAUCGAAACCAAACCACAAUUUUGCCUUAUUUCUGACUUAAUUUUUUUAAUGUAUAUAUCUAGACUUUUUUUCCUAAUCUAAGUUGUGUUUAUUUUGCUAAUUGUUUAAUAUUGUUUGUUUUGCUUAUGUGUUUCACAAAAAGCACUACUGUAAGUUGUCUUAUACCUAAUCUAUUCAUAGUUGAUUUAGUUAACCGUUAUAUACUUCGUUUGUAUGUGUACGUAUAUUUAAGAUUAUGUAAGUAGUUUUUUGUUAUAGCAUAAUAUUGUAAGUAAAAUAAAAGAAAUAAGACAAUUACAUAAAUACUUCGCCUAUUAAGCAAAUAUAUAGCAUACAUACGGGCGUAGGUGCAGGAGGAACGGCUUUUGACAGUUAAUCUACGGGCAGUUCUUCGGAGAUAUGCAACUAAAAUCCUAAAAUACAAAUAAAAUUAUUAAAAUACAAACAAACCGCAAAAUUAAACAAAUUAA